AUGUCGUCACGACACAGUGCCCCGCCCCCAGAGACCGCGUCAUCCUCCCCUUUCCACCAUUUUGGGAGCGAGAUUUCUGAGACGAGUAAAUCGCACAACCCAGCACCAGGAGCCGCCGCCAUCAUCGGCACAGCACCAGGAGCCGCCGCCAUCAUCGGCACAGCACCAGGAACCGCCGCCAUCCCCGGCACAGCACCAGGAGCCGCCGCCAUCCCCGGCACAGCACCAGGAGCCGCCACCAUCCCCGGCACAGCACCAGGAGCCGCCGCCAUCCCCGGCACAGCACCAGGAGCCGCCGCCAUCCCCGGCACAGCACCAGGAGCCGCCGCCAUCCCCGGCACAGCACCAGGAGCCGCCGCCAUCCCCGGCACAGCACCAGGAGCCGCCGCCAUCCCCGGCACAGCACCAGGAGCCGCCACCAUCUCCGGCACAGGAAUGUGCUCUCUGCACAUCUAGACGGGAUGUUAUCAACUGUCUUUUGGAGGAAAACAGAAAGCUGAAGGAGGAGCUUGAAGAGUACAGGAUGACUGAGAACUUUCUGAGUGGAGAUGAUAGCAGAGUGAAGUAUUACACAGGACUUCCCAACUAUGUAAUGUUUCAGACACUACUACUCAGUCUCAUGCCAUAUCUGCCUCAAGGUAAUUUGAAGAAGCUCUCCCCCUUCCAGCUUGUCCUGAUGACUCUAAUGCGCCUUAGACUAGGGCUGCCAAUACAGCUCCUCGGCCGUCUGUUUCAGGUGCACAGGACAACAGCCAGUGAAGCCUUUCACCAUACUCUUAGUGUGAUGUACUCACGGCUGUCUCCAUUGGUGUACUGGCCAAGCAGAGAAAGUUUAUUGACUAGUAUGCCACACCAAUUUGUGGAAUCGUUUGGAAAACAUGUGGCUGCAAUUGUGGACUGUUUUGAGGUUUUUAUUGAAAAACCCUCAAAUGUACUUGCAAGGGCACAGACUUUUUCUCAGUAUAAACAUGCAUACACAAUGAAAUAUCUAAUUGUGAUUACACCCCAGGGUGUCAUUUCUUUCAUAUCUGAAGGAUGGGGUGGGCGCGCUAGUGACAAACAUAUAACAGAGGAAAGUGGUUUCCUCAACAAACUGUUGCCAGGUGACAUUGUGCUGGCAGAUAGGGGAUUUAAUAUCAGGGAAAGUGUGGGUAUGAUGUGUGCUGAGGUUAAGAUACCUACUUUCACAAGGGGUCGUGCACAGCUGGAGGCAAAAGAUGUGGAGGAGACUAGGGCCAUAGCACAUCUCAGGAUUCAUGUGGAGAGGGUGAUUGGUGUUGUGCGGAACAAAUUUAAAUUCCUACACUCAACUGUACCUGUGAACAUGCUUCUUAAAUGUGAAGGUGAAAACGUAAUGGCAUUGGACAAGAUUGUCACUGUUUGCUGUGCCUUGACAAAUAUGUGCAAAAGUGUUGUCUGAAUGCAGACUUUGUUAUGUUUAAAAUAAAGUGUUAUCUAAUCUACUGUGAAAUUACUGUAAAUUUGAAAUAAAUUCUUUAAACACUU